AUGGGGAAGACUUCAUCACUCUUUGGGCUUGCCCGCCAGCGUAAGCAGGUGGAUCAGAACGCCAUCCCCCUCGCACGGAAGAACGACCUUAUACUUGCUCUUGAUUUUGGCACAACCUUUAGUGGAGUUGCCUAUGUAUACCGCCACCAUGGUGUUGUCAGUCGUUCUACAGACAUCAAUAACAUUCGCAGCUGGCCAGGUGAUGGAGAUAGCAAUCACAAAGCCCCAACCAGGAUCCAGUACUUGCCGCAUUCGGACUCAAAGUUCAAAUGGGGUUAUGAAGUCAAUCCUCUGGAUGACCAUAUCUUUGGUCUCAAAUUACUAUUUGACCCUGAUCAGCCUAAACCUUACGAUGUCACGGAUAUUUGCGCUGAUCCUUUGAAUCUCCCAAAGCCGAUUGAGGAGGUAGCAGCAGAUUUGAUGCGCGCAUUGUAUAAUCACGCUACAAACAUGAUUUGCACAAGUAUAGCAGCAGAUGAGAUUGAGCUGGAUAAACUGUAUGAAAAGCAAUAUGUCAUUACAGUUCCAGCUGUUUGGUCAGACAAAGCCAAACAGCUGACGUUUGAAGCUGCGAAGAAGGCUGGGGUGUACCCUCUGGACCUCAUUACAGAGCCUGAGGCUGCUGCUUUGUACACAUUGGAUUGGAUGAAAGGAAAAGGACUGAAGGAGAGAAACGCUGUUGUCAUUUGCGAUGCAGGAGGUGGUACGGUUGAUCUCGUCACAUACGAAGUCGACCAACUUGAGCCACUGCGGCUUACCCCGCUCACUGCAUCGACUGGUGCUGUUGCUGGCUCCGUUGCUAUCGAUGCACGAUUUCAGGAGGAGGUAGCAAAAACAGUUGGCUCAACCCAAUUUAUGGCCCUAAAAACGACCAAAGCAUAUCGAGCUGCGAUGAGAGAGUUUGAUGUCAACGUCAAACAGGCCUUCCGUGGCCUUGACGACGACGACGUAUACGUGACCUUCCCGACCGCCCAACUCCCAGAUAAUCCUGCGAUGGGCCUUGAGAGCAACACCAUGGCCUUUUCGGCCAAACGCAUUGCCGACAUGUUUGAACCAACUAUCAACACGAUCGUUGAUUUGGUGCGCAGUCAGAUCAAAAGUGCAUCCGAGGCAAGUGAAGGCAGAUGCCAAGUACGAUUUGUAUUUCUUGUCGGAGGGUUCGGAUCAAAUGAAUAUUUGAGGCGAAAGCUUGAAGAGUCUAUCCCAAAGGUCAAGAUUGUCCAACCAGAAGCUGCCCGAAAAGCAGUAAUGAUGUAUGCUCAAUUCCCUUCCUGCAUGGAUAUUGGCUAA